AUGAGAGUCUUUCUCUCUACAGAAGAAUGCCUUUCGCAGGCUUGGAUUUCUCCUCCAAUAUUGAUUGUUUCUCUUGCCCUCAUCAAAAUCCAGUUCUUCACAUCCUCUCUUUUGGGAACCCUCUCUUCUCUACAAAAUUCCGCUAACACCUCUUGUCUCGAAUCAAACAAUUUUUUCAAUGAAUCUCUUUCGUUUGUGGAACUCUUUCAAACUGCAGUGGAGGCUGCGGUGAAAGAUUGGAUGGUGUAUACCCUCCGCUUAGUCAAGCUAUUGGUAUCUAUCUCCAUAGCUAUAGCGGCAUCCCUAAUUUCCUUCGCCUUGGAAAUUUACUUAGGAACAAUUACGUGUCUCUCUUUUGCGUUGGUUCAAGCUACCAUCGAAUUUGCCGCUCAACUUUUGCGUCUUGUCUCCAGUGCUCUCGAGGAGGCCGUGAACGCUGUUUUGGCCGACUUCAACAAAGCCAUGGGAGUUAUUUCUACAGCAAUUAACACUGUGGUUCUGGGUGUGGAUGCACUCAACUCCAUUUUUGGUUCGAAAAAUCUGCCGGAUACUGGAACGUUUCUGAAAACGGUCCUGAAGGUGAACCUCACCAUUUCGUCCUUGAAAAACGUUGCGAUUCCAACUCUGUACAUUGACAAAAUUGGGAAUUUCUCAGAAGAGAUCCCAAAUUUCGACAUUGUCCUUUCAAACGUUUCUUCGUUGCUUACACGGCCCCUUCAUCGUUUGGCUAUAAAUGUCGAGCAGCUACCCGUUCCAACUUGGAAUGAAGCAAGCUCAAAGAAAAACAUUCUGGUUUCGUCAAGAGAUACUCUUUUGCCUCUAUGCACAAAAUUGGAAGAUGUAUUCACCAAAGCGCGGGCACUGGCUGUGUCUGGGUCGAGAAUAGCAAGUAUACUUCUUGCGGUGGCAUUAUUGAUUCUCACAGCUGCAACUUUUUUCAUUGUCUACUACAAAUGCAAAAAGAAAACCAAUUUCUAUCGUUGUUUGGCCGCCGAAGAUGAUCCAUGUCAUGUUGGAAACAAAAUAAUGCAAUUUGAAUCGGGAUUGAUGCGCAUAUUUGCUUUGAAGCUCAACGAAAAUAUACAAUGGUGGCUCAAUUACUCUCUUAGCGACAACAUGCUCAAUUGCUUGGUAAUAGCUGUGAUGGGCUACAUAUCGGUGGGCUUCCAAUGGUCUGUACUCAGAGCAGUGAGCCGAGAGGUAUCCAGAGGAAGAGGGCUCUUGAAUUCACCAGAAAUGCAAGAGAUUAUGCAGGGUCAAUUCUCAACCUUCUUGGAUGUAUUGCAAACCUCUGUGAAUGGACUGGUCCUUUCGCUCAACAGUGCCCUAUUCGCCUCAUGUAAAAACACAUCAUCGGAGCUUCUUCUCAACAUGCAAACAUUCCAAGAAACAACAAAUUCGACUUUGUCUUCAGUCUUCAACAAUACACCUUUUGCUGCUCCGAUACGAACCAUUGUGUAUUGCACAGUAGGACGCAAGAUUGAGGCUGUUGAAGACGGGCUAACUUGGGUAACACAAAAUCUCAAUAUUCCCUCGCCGCAAAUCCUGUUAGGUUUAAAGUCGAUUUUAGGAUCGAGCAAUUCCUCGAAAUGGGCAGGAAAUCCUUCGUUGAUGGCACUGAAUAUGAUUGCAAACAUAGGGGAGAGUUAUGACAAAGCAGAAAAACAAAUUCGCUCGGGCAUCAGAGCUGAGCUCAUAACUUGUAGCAUUUUCAUGGGCAUCUGGAUCCUCUUUGCAGCGAUAGGUGGCUGUAUCGUGUAUUUCAGACAGAGAGGUAAAAAAGUUGUUGUCGAGAAGGAGAUUAGCUGGCCAAAGCGACAUGAUUUUUCUGGACCCCGAGACUUUCUCAGUUUGGACCGUUUGCCUCACACUGCUUCUUCGUCAUAUAGCGAAGCCAUUUAG